AUGUCCUUGGAGCGCAUCGUCAUUAUGGCCCGGGAUGAGGUUGGCGUGCUUUCGCACAUCACCAGCAUUCUGGCACAGGCCAACAUCAACCUGCAAUCCAUCAACACCCAGGUGAACGGGGAACACGGCACUAUCGUCAUCAGCACUGACGAUACCGACGGGGCUUUGGUGGCGCUGGCCGAUGCCGGCUACUCCGCCGUCACCGAUGAUGCCAUGUUGAUCCGGCUGAAGGAUGAACCCGGGGCUUUGGCCAAGAUUGCGCAGCGGUUCAGCGACGCGGGUAUCAAUAUCCGGAGCGUGCACAUCAUGGACCGGAAGGAUGGGUUCGCCACGAUAACGUUGUCCACCUCGGAGGAGGACCGUCCUCGCGCAGAGGCUCUGGUGGAGUCUGAGGAAAGGAUGUGA